AUGGCUCAUGCUGAUCUUGCCUUUACAAUUUUUAUACUUUACGCUGUGGGCAAGCUCUUAGAGGAAUACUUGAGACCAAUUCAGUGGGCUGUGCUUUGUUUAAUUCCUCUUAGAGCUUUCAGCUGGUUCCCACCAUCUGUUCGACGAAAUGCCUCAAAGAGGCAGCAGCAGCUGGGAACCAAUAUGCCAUUGUCCAAGGAUGUUAACUUACCUGAUAUGCCAUUUGUGACUGAAACAAAAGCCCAAGAGGACCUCCCUGUCCCUACCCUUUGUAAAUCAGAAACCGUUUCAGCAAUCAACCUUGAUAUCAUAUACAUUUUCUCCAUAAGGGCCAUAAGGAUUGCAUUUUUCACAACCAACAACUUCAGCAAAUGUACUAAACAGUACUCAAAGAGGCUCACUAGCUCAGGUGGAAUAUACUCCAGUGGGGUUUCAGCUCAAGACUUCGUUAGUAAAGGAGAUAAUGUUUCUGACAAUCUGGUUGCAACUGAAAACAAAGUGGUAAAUUAUCCCGAUGAUGGGGUAAUUAGUGACAAUAUGACAAGUAGUGAUGUAGUCGAAGAUCAAAAAGUUGAGAUGCGGCAGAACUUGACUGAACUUGAAGGUAGUGUUCAAGCAGCAAGGGACGAUGGUUUUGCUAAUGGAGGUACUACCAUUGAUUCUGUCGAAUGA